GCUGACAGAAGCUGUUCUUCGACCUUCUCAUCGAUUACUUAUUUGCUUUGACUCCUACUGUGCAACGGCGCUGGCCCGUCUGAUGUGAUCGCGCUUGACUUUAGACAGACAAUCCCUUUGUCCACAUCACCUCACCGGCGAUUGCGCCAUUGCGCUAUACGACCCAUUCCGUUGUUCUGACUCGGCCAUAAAUUUUCUGACUCUUUAAAGCUCUGCUUCUUCCUCCAGGCACUUGUGAAAUCCUUCUUCUCUCUGUAUACCCGCCGCAUCGAGAGCUUCCCAGCAGCAGCAUUCACCAUGACGUUCGCAGACCACCCCAUCGAGACUCCCCCGCGGGCUCCGUCUCCCGUACAUCGCUUUGGCACCUUGGCCGUCCAUGCCGGCUCUCCUCACGAUCCUGUUACCGGAGCUGUUAUCGCGCCAAUCUCCCUUUCCACCACCUUCGCUCAAUCAGCCGUCGGUAAGCCGAUUGGCGAGUACGAAUACACGCGGAGCUCCAACCCGAACAGGGAUAACUUCGAGAAAGCCGUUGCCGCGCUCGAGCAUGCGCGCUAUGCCCUCGCCUUCUCCUCCGGUUCCGCCACCACUGCUCUGAUUCUGCAGUCUCUUGCCUCCGGCUCCCACGUAAUCUCCAUAUCCGAUGUCUAUGGAGGCACCCACAGAUACUUCACCAAGGUCGCGGCUGCACAUGGCGUGCACGUCACGUUCUCCCCCUCCAUCGAGCUGGACAUCGAGGACCUGAUACGACCUGAUGAGACGAAGCUGGUCUGGAUCGAGUCGCCCAGCAACCCCACGCUGAGCCUGACAGACAUCCGCGCGGUUGCUUCAGUUGCGCACAAGCACGGCAUCCUGGUUGUGGUGGACAACACUUUCUUGUCUCCCUAUGUGCAGAAUCCGCUCGACCACGGCGCAGACAUCGUCGUGCACAGCGUGACCAAGUACAUUAACGGUCAUUCCGAUGUUCUGAUGGGCGCCGCGGCUUUCAACUCGGAAACCCUGUAUGAGAGGCUUUCGUUCCUGCAAAACGCCAUCGGCGCCGUCCCUGGCGCCUUCGACUGCUGGCUUGCUCACCGCGGUCUCAAGACAUUGCACCUUCGUGCUAGGGAAGCCACCACGAACGCGACCAUGGUUGCCAAAGCGCUUGAGGCGUCGCCCAAUGUCAUCGCUGUGAACUACCCUGGACUUGCUUCCCACCCGCAGCACUAUAUUACUGCCAAGCAACACCGCAAUGGCAUGGGUGGUGGUAUGCUCUCCUUCCGCAUUAAGGGAGGCCAGGAGGCUGCAGAGCGCUUCUGCCAGUCUACGAAGCUCUUCACACUCGCGGAGAGUCUGGGCGGCGUGGAGAGCUUGGUCGAAGUCCCCGGCAGCAUGACCCACGCGGGCAUCCCUAAGGAGCAGAGGGAAGCUGCGGGCGUCUUUGACGAUCUCGUGAGAGUCAGCUGCGGCAUUGAGGAUGGCGAAGAUCUCAAACGAGAUGUCCUGCAGGCUCUCGAGAAGGCCGUUGUUGCCGCGAAGCUCAGCCAUGGGAGCAAUGGCGUCUCGAACGGUGCUUAAGCACCUCAAAGGUUAACCACAUAUGGCGUUUUUCUUAGAUGAUGCACCUCAGAGGGACACAGAUCAUUUCACGGGUAGCAAUCGGCGUUUGGGGUGAUUUGAUGGUUACUAUACUAACGACAUUGACCAAACCGCAACAGGGGCUGAGAAUCCAAAAUCUUUUUCAUAUAUUGCCUUCUUUCCUUCUCCGUGAGUGCAUCCUCAGCAUUAGCAGCAUGUUUUCCAGC